AUGUCUACAUUCCUCUCGUGGGUGAUUAAAGUGUUUUUGGUGUGUUUGUUUGUUUGGACGCAGGUUUCGGGAGAUACCAGUUCUGUUCUAUAUACAUCGCACGUGAAACCGCCAAAAAGUCCCAAUAUAUUCAAUUAUGCUGGAAAAAUAUAUUACUUUUCCACGACAAUUAAGGCGAACUUUUAUGCUGCUCACCACUUCUGUCGACAACAGGGAAUGCAACUGCUAACUAUUAAUAGUGAUGCUGAAAAUCACAAAAUUAGUGAGUUUGCCACACAGAUAGGCCAAGGGGCCCAGAGGGAAGAUUUCUGGACUUCUGGAACUGAUUUAGCAAAGCCUAAAUUUUUUAUCUGGCUAUCGAAUGGCAAUCCUUUCACAUAUCAACGUUGGUCUCCAGCGGAACCUACUGGACUUGGACGCAGAGAUGGAAAGGAUUAUGUUGAAAACUGUGUGCAGCUGCAAAGGGAUUCAUCGUUGCAUGAUUUUUCCUGGAAUGACCGAUAUUGUCUUGAUGAAAUGAAUUUCAUUUGUGAGAAAUAUGAUAAUAACUGCUAA